AUGGGACCGUUCUCCAAUUUAUUUGCAAAUAUAUUGAAGAAAGAUAAGAAGCCUUUGAAGCCUUUGCCUAUUGAAUCCGUAUUCAAGCUUCCUUCAUCAAUACCCAACUUUCCUCCAGGUAACCAUGGUGCAACGUUUUACGAACCAUCUUCAAUACCUGAAGGAUUCUUUAUGCUCGGAUGUUAUAGCCAAACGAACAACAAACCUCUAUUCGGAUGGAUUCUUGCUGGAAAAAGUGUCGCAAAUGAGACUUCACCAAGUGCACUAGCUAUGCCAACAGAUUAUUCUCUUAUAUGGAGUAGUGAGUCUCAUAAACUAAAACAAGAUGGUGGAAAUGGCUACAUUUGGUUGCCAACGCCUCCUGAAGGGUACAAGGCCGUUGGUUAUGUUGUCACAAACUCGCCAGAAAAGCCUUCUGUUCACAAAAUUCGGUGUGUCAUGUCUGAUUUCACUGACGCUGUUGAAGUUGAUAACUGGGUUUGGGGAUUAGACAAGAAUAUCAACUCAAACAAUCUUAAUCUAUUUGAAUCAAGGCCAAAAGAUAGAGGUAUCAACGCGCUUAGUGUGCCUACUGGAUCGUUUGUAGUCCAAAAUGGUGGUGCACCAAAUGAUGUAUCAAUGGUUUAUUGCUUGAGAAAUACCAAAAAUAACCUUUUGGCCAUGCCGAAUUUGUCGCAAGUUAAAGCAUUGAUUCAAAAUUACUCACCUAAGGUGUAUUUUCACCCAAAUGAAGAGUACUUUCCCUCUUCAGUCAGUUGGUUUUUUCAAAAUGGAGCUUUGUUGUAUGAAAAGGGCAAAGAGACGACACCAAGCCUUAUUGAACCCAAUGGCUCUAACCUACCUCAAGGUGGUUCCAAUGAUGAUUCAUACUGGUUAGACCUCCCUAUCGAUAAUCCAGCUAAAGAAAGGGUCAAGAAAGGUGAUUUGGAAGAAGCUCGUGCAUAUUUCCACAUAAAGCCGAUGUUUGGGGCAACAUUUACUGAUAUAGCCUUGUGGGUGUUCUACCCGUUUAACGGUCCAGCGAGGGCAAAAGUGGAAAUCAUCAAUGUUUCCCUAGGGAAAAUAGGUGAACAUGUUGGUGAUUGGGAGCAUUUGACAUUAAGAGUUAGUAACUACAAUGGGGAGCUAAAAAAGGUUUACUUUUCAGAACAUAGUGGAGGACAAUGGAUUAAUUCUUCAGACAUCGAAUUUGAAAAUGGAAAUAAACCUGUGGCUUACGCAUCGUUGCAUGGCCAUGCGUUUUACUCAAAACCUGGGCUUGUUUUACAAGGAAGUGGGGGGAUAGGAAUACGAAAUGAUACAGCCAAGAGCAAGGAAGUGAUGGAUACCGGAGUGAGGCCGGUUGUGGUGGCAGCAGAAUAUUUGGGAUCGUUGGUGGCUGAGCCACCGUGGUUGAACUAUAGUAGAAAAUGGGGUCCAAAAAUAAGCUACGACAUUAAUAAGGAGAUCAAGAAAGUGAGGAGUGUUUUGCCAAGGGUGAUAAGACGUGCCUUUGACAAAUUUGUUAGCGGCCUUCCAAAUGAAGUAUUGGGUGAAGAUGGUCCCACUGGCCCAAAAAUGAAAAAUAAUUGGAGUGGGGAUGAGAAAUACUAA